AUGGCCAUUGCGCAAGGGUGCUUAUACAGUAUGUCCAGCGGGGCCAGGACGCACUGGACGCUGCCAGCAGUUAUUGUACUGUGGACUUCUCUCUGGGGGAUCGUUUCAUCCUAUCCGAUUCCGAGCAGGACUAAUGCGACUUUACUGGAGAAGAAGUGGGAGACCCUCUUCUCCCGCUCCUAUCUGGGUAUAACUGGGGGGAAAUCGGAGCUGAACUGGGAGAGUGACUAUUUGCAGGGCAUCAAAAGAGUGCGGCGACUGUACUGCAACGUGGGCAUUGGGUUUCACCUGCAGGUGCUCCCGGAUGGCAGGAUAAGCGGUGCACACAAUGAGAACCAAUACAGUCUGAUAGAGAUCUCCACCGUGGACCGAGGAGUGAUCAGCUUGUUCGGAGUGAGGAGUGAGCUGUUUGUCGCAAUGAACAGCAGAGGAAGGUUGUACGGAACGAGAGUCUUCGUGGAUGAGUGCAAGUUCAAGGAGACUUUGCUGCCCAAUAACUACAACGCCUAUGAGUCUUUUGUUUACAAGGGGUUCUAUAUCGCCCUCAGCAAGCAUGGCCGUGUAAAGAGAGGCAACAAGGCCACCACCGCCAUGACUGUCACACAUUUCCUCCCGCGGCUAUGA